UUAAGUUUUCUUUCAGAUUUGACCGAUUAUGUUCGCUAAAUUUGAAUGUAAGAGGGCGUUUGGUAUGUUUAUUUUUGUUUUUUUUAUAUGCAAAAAGGAGGUCCCUUACGUCACUGUAAUUAUAGAAAUGUAGAGAAUAAUCUUUUACCUUCCAAAGGGUCGAUCCGUUCGACUCCUAGACUGUCCUUUUAGUCAACUGCCGCUUCAAAAAACGCCAAAACAACAAAAGCCCAAGAAUAUUUUCUACCAUACACCAAAUCCAUACAAACUCUUUUUUUAAAAAAGAAUUGUGGCGGUAUCAUAGCUCCCUCCAACAAGCCACAACAGCAACAGCAUCUUUUAUUUUCCUCAAUAAUAAAAAAAAUUAUUUAUAAACAACAACAAAAAAAAAAAAAAAAACUUGGUCGUAUGGUAGUGGCAACCUAAGAAUGUUCCAAGAUGGUCACAAAAACAUUCGAUUAAUAAAUUAAAACAAAAAAAAAAUGUGGCAAAAAAAAGAAAAAAAGGAAAAGAAAAACUUAAUAUCACUCUCUCUCCCCAUCCCCUUCAAAUUCUCACACCUAUAAAAACCCUCCUAGUGGCUAGCUACUCCCUACCCAUCUUCAUCCACUACUACUAGCUACCUAAGCUACAACCCUUUACCCAAAUCUUCAGUACGUACGGUGGUCUUUUUUGCAUUAAAGCUCCAAAAAUGGCGGCUCUGUCAACAUCCUCCUCCAUGCUCAACAUUGACUCAAACUCUCCCGACGUUGACAAGCUCUCCUACGAAAUCUUCUCCAUUCUCGAAAACAACUUCCUCUUCGGCUACAACAACAACGGCAGCAGCGCCGCCAAAGAAAACCCAACAGCCCAAAACCUCCUCUCCGAUACCAAACCCACCAAUCUCUCCACUCCCCUCCAUCACAUGCAUUCUAGCAAACACUUCACGGGCAAGGUCCGCGUCCUCGCCAUCGACGCCGCCGGCGCCACCGACGGCCUCCUCGCAGCCAACUCCCUCGCCCAUCUCGAGUCAUCUCUCCGCCGCAAGUCCGGCAAUCCCAACGCCGCCAUCUCAGACUUCUUCGAUGUCGUUUCCGGGUCGGGCUCCGGCGGCAUUCUCGCCGCUCUCCUCUUCACCCGGAAGUCUAAGGACGGGUCGACCCGACCCAUGUUCACCGCUCAGGAGGCCCUCAACUUCCUCCUCGACAACCGCCGCAGGAUCUUCAGGUCGUCGACGGGGGGGAUUUUCCGGCGGGUUUUCCGGCCGACGAGGGCGGAGAAGGAGAGGGAGAAGCUCUUCCGCAAGACGUUCGGCGACCAGCUGAGCCUCAAGGACACGCUGAAGUCGGUGCUGAUUCCGUGCUACGACAUGUCGUCCCGCGCGCCUUUCUUGUUUUCGCGGGCGGACGCGGUGGAGAUGGACGGCUACGAUUUCAAGAUGAAGGACGUGUGCACCGCCACGUCGGCGCAGCCGGCAGUGGAGGUGAGGUCGGUGGACGGGAGGACGAAGAUCAUGGCCGUCGACGGGGGGAUCGCGAUGAACAAUCCGACGGCUGCGGCAAUUACGCACGUGCUGAAUAAUAAGCAGGAGUUUCCGUUCUGCAAUGGGGUUGAGGAUCUGUUGGUUGUGUCUCUCGGAAAUGGAGAGUCAGAGCUAGGAAAUUUGUCGCCUUCUGGCUGCCUCAAAAUCGCCGGUGAAGGAGCUUCCGACUUGGUUGAUCAAGCUGUUUCCAUGGCGUUUGGACAAUCUCGAGCAAGCAAUUAUGUCCGCGUGCAAGCCAACGGCAUCAUAUCGAAAAUGCAUGGAGGUCUGCAAGCCUCAAACAAGAACAAGAACAAGAACAAGAAGAUAGACAUGUUGGCCUUGACAGAGGAAAUGUUGGCACAGAAAAAUGUGGAGGCCGUACUAUUCAAAGGCAAGAAAAUGGUGGAGAGCACAAAUGUGGAGAAGCUUGAGAUGUUUGCUGGGGAGCUGAUUAAAGAAGAAGAGAGGAGAAAAACUUGCUUCUUGCCAACUGUGGUUUUGAAACAGACUUGUUCAACAUCGCCUAGCAGAACAUCAUCUGCCACAACCCUAUCAACCAUGUCAUCUUCAUGUUAAAUUAAUUAGUCUUAAUUACUACCUUAAGCAUUCGCAGCCGGUCGGGAAAAUCGAGAUUAAGCAUCCGACUCUGAGCUGAGCUGCUGAGUUUGAGAAUUUGGGGUUUAAGUUUUAUUUUGCUAGCUGAUGAUCAUAAAGUGUAUAUUUAUGGUAGAAGGGGGUUUGCAAUGUGUAUACGAGUUAAGUAUGAAGGCAAGGCAAGUAGUGGCAAAGUGUAAUCAAAUUCAAGAUUGGAGUUUUUCUAUAUUAUAAUAUAA